AAUGCGUCACCUGAACGUUACUUGGCAAUAACCGUUCUUUCAACACUGUGGAAGUUGGCAUUGUACAUAAGAGAUAACGCCGCGUGUGAGUUUACGUUUGUGACAGGCCUACGACUCUACAAAUAGUUGCUCGGUGUCGACCAGCCGUCGCUGAAGUGUCGGAACUCAAUUUUGUAUAACAAAGAUAAAAACAGCGAGACUCUGAGGCAAUAGACUGCGAUACACCGGGCCGUUUUCAACUACUUAUAUUGUUAUCGUUGGAGGAAAAACUUUGCUAGUUACUGCCAAAAGAAUGAAUUAUAGCUUGCGGUUCGAUUUAUUUGGCAGAUUGCAUAAACUAUAUAUGCUAUAUUGUGAAGAUAAAUCUCGUAGCAGAUGCAAAAUCGAUGUGCAUCUAUACGAACGUUAGUUCGAAGUCUUGCCGGUACGACUCAAGUAUCGGUGCCGGAUAUCUAUUUAAUAAUGAACGUGUAACAUGACACUGGAAGGUGAUGUAAAAUUAGAGCUCGUUCAAGUGCUUUUUAGACAUGGAGCAGGACAGUUUGCAAAGCAGAAGCGCUGAUGGUGAUGCCACAGGACAUUGACCCGUCGCUUCACGAGACCUUCGGCUAUGAGCAGCUGACAAAUAUUGGUAAAACGCAAGCAUAUAAUCUUGGUCGCAAGCUUCGCGAUCGUUAUGACAAUUUUUUGGGUCCACUAUAUAAGCCGGACGACAUCUACACAUACAGCAGUGAUUACGAUAGGACGAAAGCGUCGCUACAGCUGGUAUUAGCAGGACUGUAUCCACCCGCACGUCAUGUGCUGCUCAUGGCUGUCGUUCUCCACAAAUUCGAAGGCGCCGUGAAAUCUUUCGAAGAAACGCCCCAGUACAAAGAAGCACUAAAAGCAAUACAGGGAUUAGACGAUUUUUUCCAAAGCUAAGGAAUCGACUCGCUGCAGAAAUACGAAGUUAUUGGUAUCCUGGCAACAUUCAGUGUCUUAAAAGCAUCGAAGGAUAAACUUCCAGAUUGGUACACGGAUAGUUUAUACGAAAACCUUAAAGAGAAGGUUGAGUUAUAUUUUGAUCUGUUGUCGACGACUCGGGAACUAUGCAAAUGGCAGAUUGGUCCAUUGGUAAGAACAUUCUUGGACAACAUGAAAGUAAAAGGGGGAAACACGAAUUCGAAGAAAAUUUAUCUAUACAACGGUCACGAAUUAAACGUUGCAGCUUACGCAAGGGUGCACGGUAUUAAGGAGUUUCGGUACCCUAAUUUCAGUAGUGCUGUGAUAUUAGAAAAGUUAAAAGAUUCUCAAAAUCGGUUUUACGUGACGAUGCUUGCGUGGACAGGAGAUGACGAUAAUUUUCUGCCAUUAAAACUAGGAAACUAUAAAGAGUAUUGUCCUAUAGAAGAGUAUUUGAAGAUCGUCGAAGAUGUCAUACCGUCCAAGGAAGAAAUGAAUUCUUUCUACGAAGCGUGUAACAUGGCCUUGGCAAGCGACUUAAAAUUAGAGCUCGUUCAAGUGCUUUUUAGACAUGGAGCAAGAACCAAUGCCAAGUCAGAAGUGGAGAUGGCAAAGCCACAGAACAUCGACCCCUCACUACACGAGACCUUUGGAUAUGAGCAGCUGACAAAUGUUGGCAGAGCGCAAGCCUAUAAUCUUGGUCUCAAGCUUCGCGAUCGUUAUGACAAUUUUUUGGGUCCACUAUAUAAGCCAGAUGACGUCUACGCGUAUAGCAGUUAUAACGAUAGAACGAAAAUGUCGUUGCAGCUCGUAUUAGCAGGGCUGUAUCCGCCUACAGCCGGGCAAAUCUGGAACGAAAAUCUCAGGUGGCAGCCCAUCCCAACGUAUUAUGUUCCACAAAAAGCUGACGUACUGCUCAAGGCUAACGAGAUGCACAAAUACAACAGCCUCUUGUCGGCCCUAAAAAAAACGCCACGGUACAAAGAAGCAGAGAAAACGUGCAUGAGACUCAAUGAUUUCAUGCUGAGCAAAGGAGUCGACGCACUUCAGAGAUACGGAUUAUUCGGUAACAUAAUAGUGUACAAUAUCCUAUAUUCUCACAAAGCAUCGAAGGGCAAACUUCCCGAUUGGUACACGGACGAUUUGUUCGAGGAAUUCAAAAAGGAUAUAGUUUUGUAUUUCAAUCUCACGUGCUCGACUCCGGAACUAUGCAAAUGGCAGAUUGGUCCUUUGGUAAGAAGAUUCUUGGACAACAUGAACGUAAAGGCCGAAACGACGAAUCCGAGGAAAAUUUACUUGUACGGCGGUCAUGAAUUAAACAUCGUUGCUUACGUAAUCGCACACGGGAUCCAAGAGUUUCGAUAUCCCGACUUCAGCAGUGCUGUGAUAUUAGAAAAAUUAAGAGAUUCUCAAAAUCGGUUGUACGUCAGGAUGCUUGCGUGGACCGGAAAUAACGAUACAUUCCUGACGUUAAAGCUAGGAAACGGCAAGGAAUACUGCCCUAUAGAAGAGUACACAGAGAUCGUCAAAGACGUCCUACCGUCCGACGCAGAAAUAAACUCUAUGUACGACGACAUUCCAAAUGGUCUGAGUCCUCUGCACUCGAGCGAUGUCGCUCUCAAAUCUUAGGAGCCAAUAUUUAUCGACAUACCGAAAUACAUAAUUUACAUCGAACGCCGCAAUCAUAUGGGAAAUUGUAUCCGUCGUAGUAAUGUUAUAAUUACGCUUUAUUAUAUUUCUCACCCUAA